AUGGCCGUGAUCGGGGAGAGCUGCGCCUCACUGACCCCGUAUGGAGUCGGUGCGACGCUGGCUCAGCUGGGCAGGGGCGGAUUGCCAAACGACAAGAAGCCCAGAAGGCCAGUCUGCAUUCACGGACUUGGUUACACCAGCGCCUUCGACAGGCCAGCAACCGGCCAAAGUCUCAGUGGUGAGACGGUGGUGGCAAAGGCCUUUCUAGACCGGGUAGCCCUGGACGUCUUAGUACAUCUCGGAAUCAUCAAGACCACCUUCCUCGUUGUCCCGCACGCAGCUCCAUUGGUCUCCUCAGCCGUUGCAUUGGGAGUGGGAGCAUUUGCGCAGU